AUGGAAACUAAUAAACAAGUCAAAUUACGACCAACUAUUAAAUAUCCACUUGUAAUAAAUCCUGAAAAAGAUGCCGAAAGAAUCAAUAAAUCCAUAAAACCUUUAAAUCCUGAUGAAGAUGUUAUUAAUGAAAUACUUGGUCAUAGAAGUCUUAAACAACGUUUAGCUAUACAAGAAACUUAUAAACGUUUAUAUGAUAAGGAAAUCACUGAACAUCUUGGUUCUAUAUUAAUUGGAAGUUAUGACAGUUUAGUGAAAACUUUAUUUAGAAAUCCAAUGGAAAUAUUAGCGAAUGAUUUAUAUAAAGGAAUGAAAAAUCUUGGUUCAAAUUAUCAAAUCAUGACAGAUAUUAUUUGUUGUUGUAAUAAUACAGAAAUAUAUUUAUUAAAGAAAGCAUAUGAUAAAGUUUUAAUGAAAGAAGAUCCAAAAGGUUAUAGACAGCGAUCGUUACAGAUCGAUAUUACGAAAGAAUCUAAAGGAUCUUAUAGAUUACUUAUGGAACAAUUAUUAAAAGGUGAACGAUGUGAAGACAAUACAGCCAAAACAGAGAAAACAGCAACUACAGUUCAAGGAGGUGCUGAUCAACGAUUAGUUGAUGAUGAUGUAACAGAAUUGUUUGAAGCAGGAGAAGGUCAAAUGGGCAAAGGUGAUCCUUCUAUCUUUAUUUCUAUUCUAUCAAAACGUAGUAAAUAUCAUAUAAAAGAAGUAUAUAAAGCAUAUCAAAAAAAAUAUGGUUGUCUUCUAGUCGAAUCAAUAUCAAAAAAAUUCUCAAAUCCACUUCGUAAUGCACUGAAUACUGUCAUAAUGGCACUAGUUGAUCUACGCUUAUUAUUGACCUGUCAACUUUACUGUAGUAUGGAAGGCUUAGGAUCCAAUGAUGAUUCAAUUAUCAGAAUAAUUUGUCUUCGAUGUGAGAUUGAUUUACAAGAUAUAAAAGAAAUGUAUGAAAAAUAUUUUUAUAAACCAUUAGCUAAAGCAUUACAAUCAGAAACUCAUGGGGGGUUUAAAAAAUUAAUCUUGAUUUUAUUAGGUUGUGAAAUAGUACAACAACUACAUUAA